AUGACAACUACUCAAGAUUCUAAUUUAAACAAUACCCAAAACACUACAGACGAAUUAGCUGUUUAUCUUGUUAAUGUAGCAAACAAACUACAAUCAAAAGUUGAUGAUGUUAGCAUUAAUAUGAACAAAAAAUUAGAAGAGAUGACAACACGUAUAGACUCCUUAGAACGAAGCUUGAAACAAAUGGAAAAGGCUCCUGCAAACAACAAUUUGAAUGAAGCAGACCACAAAUAA